AUGUCGUUCUAUUCUCGUCCGCGCAGCGGCUCCCUGUCCGCGGCCUCGGGGCGCUUCUAUCCGGCUUCUUCCGCGGGCUCCGUGCGCGGCAGCUCCAGCGGUUCCGACUCCUGGUUCUCGUUGUCCCGGCUGCACGCGGCGCUCCCGGCGGCGCGGGCCAGCGCGGAUGUGGCUCCCGCCUGGCUGGGCCCAGGCCGGCAGCAGGAGGCGCUGCAGGGCUUGAACGAGCGCCUGGCCGGCUACCUGCAGCGGGUGCGCGGGCUGGAGGUGGCCAACCGAGCUCUGGAGGAGGAGAUCGCCGCCAUCCGAGCGCGCAAGGCCGGCGCCAUCGGCCAGAAAGACUGGGAAGCCUGCGAAAGGCCCCUGGCCGAGCUGCGCAAGCAGGUGGAAGACCUCAAUUUGGACAAUGUUAAGCUGCUUCUGCAAAUCGAUAAUGCCAGGUUGGCAGCUGAUGACUUCAAGCAUAAACUGGAUGCAGAGCAGGCUAUGUGUGACAGUGUGCAAAAGGACACACAUGGGUUGCGCAAAAUGAUCGAUGACACCAACUAUUCCCGCUUGAAGUUGGAAGGGGAACUGGAGUCCCUCAGAGAGGAGCUGGCUCACUUGCGCAAAAGCCACCAUGAGGAAGUAGAGGCUCUCAAUGCUCUGAUCGCCAAAUCUGACAUAACGGUGCAGGUGGAUAAUCCACAGAAACAUGACCUGAGCGAGACCAUCGCUGAGAUCCGCAACCAGUAUGAGAAAAUGGCUGAGCAGAGCCGUUCGGAGGCUGAGGACUUGUACAAAACCAAGUUUGACUCCAUGUCUCAAGAAGCAGAUGUGCAUGCCCAGGCGCUGGAAGAAGCCAAAAGUGAGUUGACAGAGCUUCGUCGGCAGCUCCAGGGAAUAGAGAUUGAACGCCAGACUCUGCAGAAAACGAUAGACACGCUGGAGAACACCUUGAAGAACACAGGAGAGCACUAUCAAAAUGAAAUGACCAAUCUCAACCAUAUCAUCGCCAAGCUGCAAGAUGAGCUGGCAGCCUGCCGCGCUGACUUGGAGAGGCAGGCCCGAGACUAUGAGGCCCUGCUAGACCUCAAGACCAAGCUAGAGAACGAGAUUGAACACUACCGUAGCUUGAUCGAGGGGGCAACAGACAGAGGGGAGUUGCAGAACUCAGGCAAAGCAGACACCAGGAGACAGACCAUUAAGAAGGUGGUGGUCACCACACAAGAAAUUGUGGAUGGGCGAGUGGUGACUCAGAGAUCUGAGGAAGUGAUUCAGUAGGCUUGUCCAGAGUGAUGUUUGCUAAUCCCUGUAUCAAGUUCCUUUUACUGCUGAAUAAAAGAAACAAUGUUUAGCAA